CUCUCCGGAUGAGCGGAAAUUGCGACUCGGUCGGGGGCAGACUCGGACGAAGCGGGGCCGAGUCAGUGGCGAACUCAUAACUACAGUUACUUACUGUGAUUCAGAACUCUUUCUCGGACUCCCAACUCUCUCUCGCUUACUAUUCCCUUCGUUCGACCCUCAGGUUGCAAUCAUGUACGCGUUGAGUCGUGCGGCCAAAGCUACGAUUGGGAAGAAUGGGGCACAACGUGCAGUCCUUGUGGCAGGUAGGCGUCAGGCUGCCGUACAAGUCGUGAAGCGCAGAUGCCCUGCCUCGUCCCGAGCCAUACAAUCAGUUGCUCAAACAGAUAGAGACACUAUUACACGCCUUCUGUAUUCCAUUGGUACCAAGCGCGAGGUCGAGCGGUACUUGAGGAUUUUCUCCUCUUCGUCAGAUACCUCAAGCCCCGCCAAAUUCGCAGUCAUUAAGAUUGGUGGAGCAGUUCUUGACCAGCUCGAUGAACUCGCCCUCAGCUUGAGUUUUCUCUACCGAGUGGGGCUGUACCCAGUGGUUCUCCAUGGCGGGGGACCUCAGCUGAACAACAUCAUCGAGGCGGAGGGAGUAGUCCCGGAUUACAUCGACGGUAUUCGUGUCACAGACGCCAAGACGCUACAGAUUGCACGGCGUGUCUUCCUGGAGGAGAACCUGAGGCUGGUCGGCGCGCUCGAGAAGCUGGGCACGCGUGCACGUCCUAUCACUUCCGGUGUCUUCACAGCGGAUUACCUGGACAAGGAGAAAUAUGGCUUGGUCGGAAAAAUCACGAAGGUCGACAAGCGGCCAUUGGAGGCAGCCAUCCGGGCUGGGGCACUCCCCAUCCUGACCAGCUUGGCGGAGUCUGACGCGGGACAGAUUCUGAAUGUCAAUGCCGACAUUGCUGCCGGCGAGUUGGCCAAGGAGCUCGAGCCGUUGAAGAUCGUCUUCCUGAAUGAGAAGGGCGGUUUGUUCCACGGGGUGACAGGAGAGAAGCUGGACGUCAUCAACCUCGACGAAGAAUAUGAGGGUUUGAUCAAGCAGCCAUGGGUCAAGUAUGGCACCAAGCUCAAGCUUCGCGAGUUCAAGGAGCUCCUGGACCAUCUGCCGCGCACCUCUUCCGUGGCAGUCAUCCGCGCAGACAUGCUGCAGAGGGAGCUGUUCACUGAUAGCGGCGCUGGAACGCUGAUCCGACGCGGCUACAAGCUCUUCAAGCACGGAUCCAUUGAGUCUGUCGGUGCAGACCGUCUCCGUCAGGUUGUCCACGACCGGGACCCAGACGUCCUCUCCGGAGACGACAGCGUCGCAAGUGUCCUGAACCGCAUCAAGGAGACGCCCUACACGAUCUACGGCGACGAGCCGCUCGACGUAGUCGCGAUUGUGUCGCACCCGGCCGGCGAGGUCCCCGUUCUCACGAAGCUACUCGCAUCGCGCAACGGCAUCAUGAACGGCAUCGUCGACAACGUCUUCAAUGCGAUCAAGAAGGACCACCGCAAGCUCUUCUGGACGGCGCGUGCAGAUGACGAGAACCGUGCAUGGCACUUCGAGCGCGCCGAUGGGAGUUUCACGCGCGCGGGCAACAGCUUGUUCUGGUACGGUGUGCAAGACGUGGCCGAGAUCGAGAGGAUUGUGAAGGGCUACGAGGAGAAGGGUAGGAUCAGCCGGUCGUACCUGCCAGUUGGCCCGUCGGCCCCUCCGCACAGAGCUGCACCGGGAGGCGCUCGGUCCUACUCAACCCUUGCCCGGCGGUCUGUUCCUGGUUCGUCGAGGGGCUACGCCACUGCCGCGGCGUCCGUUUCAACAGAGCCGAAGCGUCUGGCCCUCAUCGGGGCACGGGGCUUCACAGGGCAAACCCUGACUACCCUCCUUUCCGCUCACCCACACCUCAACCUCACGCAUGUCUCGUCGCGCCAGCUCGCUGGGUACUCUCUCGACGGGUACACAAAGGCGCAGAUCAAGUACUCCGACCUGUCUGCGGAGGACGUCGAACGGAUGGAGAAGGACGGCGAGGUGGACGCGUGGGUCAUGGCGCUCCCGAACGGUGUCUGCAAGCCUUUUGUCGACGCCGUCGACCGCGGGUCGAAGGAGCGGAAGAGCGGGGAGCCCAGUGUGGUCGUGGAUCUGAGCGCGGACUACCGUUUCGAGGACGGGUGGACGUACGGGCUUCCGGAGCUCUAUGGGCGUGAGGCCGUCCGUGCAUCGAAGCGCAUCUCCAAUCCCGGAUGCUACGCGACGUCGUCUCAGCUGCUCGUCGCGCCGCUGCUGAGAUACCUGAAGUACGACGCCUAUCCGACGGUGUUCGGUAUGUCGGGCUACAGCGGCGCAGGUACCAUCACCGGCCCUCCCGCCGCAGACGGACGGCCAACCACUGCACCAAAAGUCAGCCCGGAGAGCCUCAUGGGCGGAAUCAAGCCGUACUCACUCACCGACCACAUCCACGAACGCGAGGCGGGGUGCCAUUUGUCGCGCCUGCUCGCGUCUGGGGCGAGUCCGAUGAAGCUCGCUUUCGUCCCGAACGUCGCGCCGUGGUUCAGCGGGAUCAUUUCGGUGCUGUCGAUGCAACUGAAGGAAACGGUCACCGCGAAGGACGUGAAGGAGCUUUACGAAGAGAAGUACAGUGGCGAGAAGCUGGUCACUAUCAAAAGGGAGGUGCCUGUCCUCCAGGACAUCGAAAACAAGCAUGGUUGGACCGUUGGUGGGUUCCAGGUCCAUAGCCAGGGCGAUCGGGCCGUCGUCGUGGGUGGCCUGGAUAACCUGCUCAAGGGUGCCGCAACGCAAUGCCUGCAGAAUCUCAAUCUUGCACUUGGAUAUGACGAGUACGCGGGGAUCUCCAUCUAA